AUGCAGGCCUCGCCACAGGGUGUUUCAAAGCGGCAAUUAAGAUCACAAGCAGGCCGGCCUUCCGGUCCAUUUGUAUGCCAGAAAUGCGACAAGUCCUUUUCGCGCAUAGAGAAUCUGACUCGUCACACCGAGAAUCAUAAAGCUAAUGGCAAGUUCGCAUGCAACGUAUGCCAAAAACGUUUCACCCGAAGUGACAUACUGAAACGGCAUGGAAAAAUCCAUACUACCGAAGAAAUUGAAGGGCGGCAGGCUUAUCUUAGAGCAACGCAUUCAGAUACAACACGCCAUCCAAACCAAAGGAAUGAGGAGCAGUAUCAACACCAUCAUGUCCAACCAGACAUUAGACUACCGAAAAGUUCGGGGAUGCAAAUAGAGCGUACCGAGCCAGAUUCGGGACAUCAGAACAUCGCCAUACCAACCCCGAUUGCCCUUCAGUCUGUCCCGGGAAAUGGACACCUCACGGUUUCCUAUGAUGAAAGAUUGCAAAAUCGUAUGCAUGGAUUGCACGGGACUGUACCUCAGAAUCCAAUGAUGAUACCAUCGCCGGAGAGCGUGGCCUUUGGUUCAUCAUGGUCUGAUGGUUAUUAUGGUAUCUAUGGCGAGGGUUCCUUUGAUGCUGACUUAGCUUGGAUACUUGAUAUGGCUCCAAUGAGCUCUGAGACCAUACAGCGCAUGCAAGAGCGACUUCCGGUUGCGGGCCCUGCUCCUGGUUCUUUCGAUACGUCACUUCAGAUACCACAACAACCUACCCAGCAAGGAAUUGGAAAUAUGUCUGCUGAUUUUGGUAAUGGUGACGAGUCAAGACAUCAUACAUCUAUCGAAAAUCGAAAUAAUUGGCCCGACGAAGAUGAGCUACCUGGUGUUGCACCAAUCUCGGUGGAAGAAUCAACAUAUGUCAUCCCUGACUCGCGGUCGUGGGUGGACUGGGGAGAAUUGUCCUCGCCGCUUGAGCGCCUCCAGGACGCACCCACACAAAGCUACACAGUGAACCCCGAUAUCCGAGCUCGUGCAUGGUGCGGCCACAAAGUUGCUUUUGAAUUUGCCGAAGGCGCUCGUGGAAUACUUGUUACCGCUUCUCGUCGCUGCAAACUGCUCGACUGCCGCCCAAAGCCUUUACUCUCGGGCAUGCAACAGCCUCGCAGCAUGCGUACACGACUUAAUGAUAGCUGGAAAAACUGGAUCAAUUUGGAGCAACGCAAGCGGUUGGGUCUUUGUGUAUUUAUGUUCGAUCUUCAAUUCCCAGCUUUGUUUCACAAUCAACCAUACAUAUCAAAAGCUGAAACUGUCAACUUGGUACUCCCUUGCGCUGCUGCCUUCUGGGAUGCAAAGUCAGCAGAAUCAUGGAAAGUACUCCUUGGCCCAGCUGAGAUACCAUCGUCGACAUACUUCAUGGUGCCCCUAGACACUUGUCUUCUGUACCCUGCUAUCAAACGAGAAGCCCCUUACGCGCCCAUUGACUCUUUCAGCAAGACACUUCUGAUGUACGCCUUAUUCACGCAUAUUUUCGAAUGGCGACAGUCACUCAACAUAGUGCUUCAUUCUGCAUUUAUUCGCGGUCCAGAGCAUACUACACCGGGCGAAGGGCUUAAGGAACGUCAAAGAUGGCUUCAGGAUGCACUGGAGGCAUGGCUCAAGAAUUAUCAUCGACCAGAUGGUGAUAUUCGGAGUGAUCGCUCAGGGGCAGCAUCCCCUGCAGCUCUUCUAUUAUACUGCAUUGCCGAAUUAUACAUCGAAAUAAGUAUCUCGGAUCUCCACCAAUUUGCCGGACGUUCCGGGUUGAGUGAAGACAUCAAACUAGCCGAAGAUUCAUUGCGCAGAUGGUGUCGAAGUUCACGCUCUGCACGGACGAUGCAUAGAGUCCACGAAAUGCUCGAUUUAGCUCAUCAGACUAUUGAAAGCGGGCUUGCACAUGAAUGUGCUUUUGAGAUUGCCGUCGCUCUUCUCACGGGAGGGUUGACUUGUUGGAUGUACGAGAAAUUAGGCGGACAAACAUCAUCUGGUACUCAGGUUAGUUUCCUCAUUUUCUAUUCAUAA